CUCGCUGCCUGUCUGAUUCCAGAAAAUGUGUCUUAAACUUCAGACGACUACCGUGGAAUCAACUGACAUACUGUUUGACCUCCUGUAGAAAAGUCUCACAGAAUGACCCAGGAGCAGUUGCUCUUGGGCCUGAAGAAGGAUGUGCGCUCCCUGCUCAUCUCAGCCAAGCAGGGCCUGACCCCAGAUCAGCUGAAGCGAGAUUACAUCAACAUGCUGGGCCACCCCAUGCCCCUGAGGAUCCUUGGCUUCCGCAAUGUACUGGACAUGAUCCGGGAGAUGCCCGACGUGGUGUAUGUCCACUAUCUAGGAGAUGGCAGCAUGGUAUUGAAGGCGGUGGCGGAUGACGCCACCAGAGGCAUCGUGGAGUUGGUGGCCAAGCAGCGCAACGCCAAGAAGGCCCCGGCUCGGCGUGGCGGUGUGGGCUUCUUCUCCCCACGCUACCAGCAGCAACACCCCAUGGUCCUGCCGCGGCGUGGCCACGCUCCCCUGGCCCUGCCGGCCCAGCUCCGGGCACAGCUCCACCAGCUGCUCUCCCAGGGGGCCGUGGGCCUAUCGGAGCUGGAGACAGCCUUUGCCCGCCGCUUCGGCUUCCCUUUACGCGUCAACAACUACGGCUUCUAUUCCAUCGUUGAGAUGCUGGCGGCGGCCGCCGACCUAGUGGCGGUCACACAGAGCAGGAUGGGCUCCCUGCUGUCCCUCAGGGGGGCAGGGGUGGCAUCACGGAUGAGGACCGGACCCAUAAAGCCGCUCUUCCCACUGAAGCAGACCUUCCAAACUGUUCCUAUCGUAAGGCCGAUGACACAGACAAACUCAGUCCCAGUAGAAAAACCCACCACAGAGUCCAGUACUGAUAAUCCAAAGUCCAGUACUGAUAAUCCAAAGUCCAGUACCCAGAAUCUUGUGGCACCAGCGCCAAUCCCUGAGGCUGCAGUCCCUAACAGCCCAGAGGGGGACCAGGACUCUCUGCCAAUGGAUUACACAACACCACAGCCUGAACCUGAACCCACGCAGGACGGACAACUGUUUCAGAAGUGUGUCAUCAAGCUAGAGGAGGAGCUUAGGCAGUGUAUUCUGGAGAACGGGCAUGCGGGCACAGUCAGUCCAGAACUAAAGGCCAAGCUUCGUCAGGUUGUAGCCCAAAACAGCGAGGGACUAUCCGUCCACGAUCUCCCUGCAGAAUACAAGAGGGUGUUUGGGGAGGAGCUGCCGGUGGUCCAGAGUGGCUUCCUGAGCACCACAGAGAUGGUGGGUGCCCUGAGCGACACGCUCUACCUGCGGCCCGUGGUGGGUGACGAGGGCAACCACUGGAUGGUCAUGGACAUCCAGAAUUCCCCUGCACACGCAACGCCACAACAACCAGGAGUGGCAGAGCCAGAAGGCCCCAUUGAGGGUAUCAAGGCUCUGAACCCGUCAGGUACGGGCUACUACUUCAGCUGUGCGGAGUCUCCCUGGGAGGGCCGGGAGGGAGAGGGAGAGGGAGGCGAGGCCAACCCCGACCUGGAGGAAGACAUGGAGCUCCGCAUCACCACCAAGACCUUCCACCAGAUGGUGGAUAUUUACGGCUCGGUGCCGGUACGUUGUCGGCGUGGGGCGGUGGUGCCCCCGGACGCCAUGCGGGGCCUUAGGCUGAGGGCCCCCACGUGCAGGGGCCCCCGGGAGCUGGUGGCCGUGCUGGUGGAGCACAUGGAGUCACCCUCGAACUUCUACAUCCGCUUUGAUGAGAGCCAGGAGGCCCGCGCCCUGGAGAACAUGAUGAUUGAGAUGAGGAGCUGCUAUACCUGUCCCGAGGUGUCAGAGCGCUACAGUCUGCCGGAGCGCUACGUGCGUACGGGCCAGGUGUGCUGCGUGGCGCCCCAGGGCAUCUGGUUCUACCGCGUGGUGGUUCACCGGGUCCUCAACGACACCCAGGCAGAGGUCUACUACGUGGACUUUGGAGACCUCACCACCGUCCAGAGGAGCAGCCUCAAGUUCCUCAAGUCUUGUUACUCAGAGCUCCCAGCACAAGCAGUCCCCUCAUCACUGGCUGGAAUCAAGCCUUUCGGUGGCAGCUGGAGUGCCAACGCCAAGACCUCCUUCCAGAAGCUGUGUUGUGAACGCACCCUGGUGGCAGCCCUGCACGGCUACCAUGCCGACUUCCUGCAGCUCUUUCUGUGCGACACACACACCGAGGAGGACGUGUACAUCCACAGCGCCCUGCAGGCCCAGGGCCAUGGGCUCAGCUGCGCCCCUGCCGUCAGCGCAGUGAAAUGUGGCCAGUUCAACCCAGUGAGCCUCUAUCUGGGCGAAGGCGUGUUCGACGAGGGGAUGGAGAUAGAGGACGAGGACCCCACCCUGGAGCCUUGCCCCGAAGCCACCACCACUCCCCAGCACAACACCACCCAACCCCAGCCCAAGAGCUCCCCUUGCUCCACUCACAUGGCCCCUAACCUCGUGGGGGAAGAGGAAGAUCUGCCUGACCUCCCGGCACUGGAGUUCAUCGAGGUCAACUCCACAGCCCAGGUGGGCCUGAAGGCCAACCCGUUUGCUGCUCUGCAGAGUAAGGACCCGCUGCUGCUGUGCUGUAGUGACUGGGACCAGGGCUGGACACCCAACGCCCCUGCCCCAGAGGUGGUACAGCCCAAGGCAGACCUGAUUAACCAUGGAGACACCGCUAAUAUGCUUCAGCCCCCCCCUCCUUCACCUAGUGCCGGUGCCAGUGAGCUGAAGCAGCCAUGGCAUGUAAAUGAUGGAGGGGCUGUGCCCCCAGUAUCCCUCAUGCCCGCUGUGCCCCCACAGCCCUCCACUCUGAAAACCCUGAGCCUCCAGACCCCCGGACUGAUGCAGACCCAGAGUGCUCCAUACGGUACAUCCAUGUUCCCUCUGUUUGGGAUGGGGGACGUGCUGCGUGUCACCUCGCCCUUCGCCCUGGGCCCGGCCGCCCGUCUGGCUACCGGCACUGGUUCCCACCUCCUCAACUGGUACCCUCACAAAAUGGCCUGAACACACACACACACACACACACUUCCUCAAUACACAACUGGUCAAACCAGCAUUAUCCUAUUAUGUGCACACAUGAUCCUCACCUGUUAGAAUUAUGUUAGCUACCUACAGUCGUCCUCUUUUAGGUUUCUUGGUUUGAUAUUAAUGUCAUGUAGACUUCUCCCAUGUUUUCGCUAACACUACAAGGAAUGUGUGCAGAGUCGAUCGCUCCUUCUUCGAAAUAGAAAAUAAUCGGAAAGCUUGUUUUGUAGAACUUUGAGUUGGGUUUUUAGCGCUUACGUUUUCUUUUAUGCCAUUAGGUAGGCUUUGAUAUGUUUCAUGUAUUUCAUAUUGUAAUGACCGGGUAAGUUUCCUUCUUUUCUACCAGUUGCCUGUUUAACUGCUCAGCAGGUUAGUUUUCUUAGGGGACGGGGGAGUUUCGAAAUGACACUUAUGAAACAGAAAGAAAUAAUGCAGGAAAAUGUCAUUUUAUUUUUUGAAAAUAAACCAAAUUGACAACUUGUA